AUGGGAAAAACGAUCCUAAGGACGGUCAGAUUCGCAGAAUUGGCCAUAAGACUAUCUUCCGACAAUCCGAGCAGACCCCACAGAGCAACUCCUCCUCCUGGGAACAAAGUCUUCGUGAAGAAGACGAGAGACACAAACCUCCGGGAUCACUCCAAUCUGGUUAAGCUGGAGAAGGCGGGAUCGCACUCGGGUUCGAAUCCCGCUCCGGCCUCGGAUCCGAACCGGGUUCCGCUUGCUCAGGUCGUCGACGAUUGCGUCAGACGUUGGUUCCAGGAUACCCUCAAGGAGGCCAAAUCCGGCGACGUCGGUAUGCAGGUCCUUGUCGGACAGAUGUAUUGCAGCGGCUAUGGCAUCCCCAAAGAUGAACACAAGGGCCGUGCUUGGAUUAACAAAGCUUCAAGAACUCGAUCAUCAGCUUGGCAAGUGAGCGAUAAGCCUCCAGGUUAUAAUGCGAGCGAUUCAGAUUCCAAUGAUAAGAAAGAAUGA